AUGAAGAUGUACAUGUUCAACAUCAACUGGGGUCACCACAGAUGGGCCCUCUUUUUCUGUGCCGUCUCCAGCCUCGGCGCUCUUUGUUAUGGGUACGACCAGAUUUACUACACCGGGGUUUUGGGGAUGAAAAGAUUCGUGCACGACUAUGGCACUACCCAUGACAAGCACGGCAACAUCGCACUGACUACUACCUUCCUCUCCCUCACGGCAUCCAUCAUCUACGUGGGAGAACUCGUCGGUGCUCUCCUCUCUGCCCCCAUCAACGACUUCUUCGGCCGCAAGGGCGUCUUUCUCUGUGCUUCGGCGUGCAUCAUUGCCGGAGCCAUCACUCAAUGUGCCGACCAAGGCUCCAUGGGAGUCAUCUGCCUGGGCCGUAUACUGAUCGGUCUCGGUAUCGGCCAGUUUACGGUGACGUGCCUGCUGUAUAUUGGGGAGGUCGCGCCGCAGGCCAUUCGAGGCCCUGCCCUGAUGAUGUUCCAAUUCAUGCAGUCAUGCUCGCAGCUCGUUGGCUCGGGGAUCACGCAAGGCACGGAAUCCAUCAGCACUACUGCGUCCUACCGAAUCCCGAUGGGGUUGCUGGCUUUGCUGCCACUCCUCAUGCUCGUGGGCCUGAUCUUCAUCCCGGAGUCGCCCGUCUGGUACAUCCGUCGUGGUCGGCCAGAGAAGGCCCGCAAGGCGCUCCUGAAGACAAACCGUAGCAUGCCUGGGUACACGCCUGAGGAGGACAUCGCUGCCUUUACGCACAUGGUCGAAACCGAACGACUUCGAGAGGCGACGUCGUCUUGGAUGUCACUGGUGAGAGACCCGAUUGAACGACGAAAGCUCAUCUACUCGUGUGGCGCAAUGGUGGCCCAGCAAAUCAACGGCAUUCAGUUCUUCUACUCGUACGGUGUCGUCUUUGCACAGUCUAUUGGCAUCAAGCAAGCGUUCACAAUUUCCCUCAUCACCAACACACUGCAGGUCAUCGCGGUGGGGGUGUCUGUACUCCUGGGCAACAAAGUGCGGCGCCGGUCGAACCUCCUGGUCACCACCAUUAUGAUGCUUCUCGCAUACAUCAUCAUUGGGGGGCUCGGCGCCGGGCCGUACACGAGGACCAGUUUCAGCACGACCAUUGUCGUCAUCUCCUACAUCGUUAUCGUGGCGUUCAACUUCGGCCACGGACCGCUGGCGUUCACCAUCGCCUCGGAAAUGGCGGUGGGCCGCAACCGCAACAAGAUCAUGAGCUCGUCGAUCGUCUCGUUCUUCUUCACCGUAUGGGUCAUCGCCUUCACCAGCCCCUACAUCUACUACAACGGCGGGCUAGGCCCGAUGUUGGGCUUCGUGUAUGCGGGCACGACGUGCAUCACUCUAGCGUACGUGUGGUUCUGCGUGGGCGAGACCACCGGCCGCAGCCACCUGGAGAUUGAGUUGUUCUUCCAAAAGCACGUGCCCGUGCGCAAGUGGCGGACGCAUCAAUUCGACACCCUCGACAUCAUCCACGCGGACGACGCCCGUGGUGCCGUGGUGGAGGAGAUUCCGCAAGACGGAGUUAGUGGGGCGCAGACAAUGACCGAGAAGAGUGUCGUCAAGACGGCAACGGAGAAGGAACUCGCCAGCCCCAGCAGCGGCAACAGCAGCGGCAGUGUCGGUCUGAGAGAAAAGGACCUGAAAGUCUAG